AAAGUACACAUACCCCAUACACACAUUCACUCAUUCCUCUUUCUCCUUUGCCACCUUCCUCUCUCUUUUUUCCUCCUCUACCCAAAAAAAAGAUACAAGAAAAUUUCAAUAAUUCAUCCCAUCAAAUAAUCCAUCUAACUUCAAAUAAAUUCUCUUAAUAAUAACAACACCCUUUAAAUUCUAUUUAUACACCCAUUUUCCUAAUAAUAAUACCCUUCUAAGUAAAUUUCUACAAUAUAAUGAGGUGACACACACCAAAAAACAAAAAACAUGAAGAACACUAUAAGGUGUUGCAUAUCUUGCAUCCUACCAUGCGGAGCCUUAGACGUGAUCCGCAUCGUACACUCGAGCGGCCGCGUCGAGGAGAUCUCCGGCACGAUUCGUGCCGGAGAUAUAAUGAAAGCUCACCCUAAACACAUCCUUAAGAAACCAACUUCACGUCCAUCUUCUGACCACGUUGAACCACAGUGUGGUCCUGCUAUUGUUGUAGUCCCACCUGACGCUCAACUCCAACGUGGGAAGAUCUAUUUUCUUAUUCCAGUACAUGAUCAGAAAAAACCAUCAAUCAAAACCACGAAGACACCAACACCACCACCACCACCACCACCACUUUCGAUGGGAUCGACUGUGGUGGUGGGGAGGCGGAAGGUUAAAAGAGAGCAACACAAGAAUAGGGCUCGUUCGAUAUCACUGUCAGUUAAUAAUGUGGUGGUAUCUAGUAGUACUAAAAAUAAUGAUGAUGAUAAAUAUUUGAGUGAUAUAUUAAGUGAGAAGGUUAUAUCAAGGGAAAAAAGAAGAGGACGUGUGGCUGUUUGGAGACCUCAUUUAGAGAGCAUUACUGAAACUCUUAGUGAAGCUGCUUCAUCAUGCUGUGAUCAAUAAUAGUAAUUCAUUUAUUUAUCAUUAUUUCGUGUAUUUUUUUUUUGUUUAAUUUUACUAUUGGUUAUUGAUAAGUUUUUUUUAAGUAAUAAUGAUCUAAUAUAAUAGGGACAAAAGAAAAAAAAGAGAGAUAUAUAUAUGAUGAACAAUUUUGUGUAAAAAGUACUUGAGAUUAUUGGGUAAAAGUGAAGAAACAUAUAAGUUAAAUGUUAAUUAUAUAUAUUAUAAAUGUUUUUGUU